AUGGGAUAUAACAUUGGAAUGCGCCUUAUCGAAGAAUUUUUGGCAAAGACAGGUGCUCAGAGAUGUGAAUCAUUCCGAGAGACGGCAGACAUGAUCAGUAAAGUCGGGUUCAAGAUGUUCUUAAAUACCGUACCACAGAUAGAGAACUUCUCCUCCGAUGGAACAAGCUUCUCUCUCAUAUUGACCGAAAACCCGUUGGCGGAGUUUGUGGAGCUUCCUUUGACUCAAUAUCCCAAGAUCCAUAAGGAGCUCUGGUACUCGCAGCUCUAUUGUGGAGUUUUGCGUGGGGCUCUACAAAUGGUGCAGCUAGAUACCGAUGUAUAUUUUGUGCGUGAUUCGAUCAGAGGAGACGAUAAGACUGAGAUCCGCUUGAAGUUGAACAAGGUGUUGAAAGAUGAAAUCCCUGCUGGAGAAGAUUGA